CACCCUCUCUCUCUCUCUCUCUCUCUCUCUCUCUCUCUCUCUCUCUCUCUAACCUUACCUUAACUUCCCAGAAGAAAAAAAUUUCUAUCUUGUCUCGAACUUUUUCAAAUUCUUUCUUUUGUUCUGAAAUGGCUGCGUCUGGUUUUGAGGGCUUUGAGAAGCGGAUAGAGCUCCAAUUCUUCGGCCACGACCCUUUAUUCACGGGCUCGAUGGGUCUCAGAAAUCUUGACUUCGAGUGUUUGGAGGAAAUACUCCAUGCGGUGCAGUGCACGGUGGUGUCGGCCGUGGCCAAUCGCCACUUCGACGCCUAUGUUCUGUCGGAGUCGAGCCUCUUCGUCUACCCGACCAAGAUCAUCAUCAAGACAUGUGGGACCACUCAGCUGCUGAAAUCCGUCCGUCCGUUGGUCCACUUGGCCCGCGAUCGCCUGGGCCUCACGGUGCGCAUGUGCCGGUACACCAGGGGUAGCUUCAUCUUCCCCAAAGCCCAGCCUUCCCCUCACACGAGCUUCGAAGAGGAAGUCAUCUUCUUGGAGGAGAACUUGCCGAGCAGGCUUUGCUUUAGAAAGGCCUGUGUCAUGCCCUCCAAUGUGUCCUCUCAUUCAUGGCAUGUCUUCACUGCUUGUGAUGUUGAUGAUGAUGAUGGCUCAUCUCAUCAUCAUGAGCUAGGGGAAGAUCGAAGUGACGCCCUCUACACUGUCGAGGUGUGCAUGACCGAGCUCGACCGGGCUUCGGCACGUAAGUUCUUCCGCCGAGGGGCCGGGAACGAUGAGAAGUACUCAGGGGACUCCGCCGGGAGGGAGAUGACAGGGCUCACUGGGAUCGGAGACAUCAAUCCAAGGGCUCUCAUUUGCGAUUUCGGGUUCGACCCAUGCGGGUACUCCAUGAACGGAAUCGACGGUGACCGUUACUCCACGAUACACGUGACCCCUGAGGAAGGGUUCAGCUACGCGAGCUAUGAAUGCGUCGGGUCGAUCUACGACGACCAGCAUGAAAUCUCUAGGGUUUUGAAGAAGGUGGCACAGGUUUUCCGACCCGGGACCAUGUCGGUGGCGACCACUUGCGCGAGCCACGAAGUAUGGAGGAGGGUGGCCAAGGCCCUAGAGCUUGUUGGGCUCAAGUGCCGGAGUUGCUCCGCCGACAAAUUCCCCGCCGCCGGGACGGUUGUCUUCCAAACAUUCACAACGACUCGCCGGAAGUGAGAAGGGCCGGCAAAGUCCUCCGGUUAGAGGGUAGAGUAUAUGAGAGACGCUAAAAAAGGAGUAAUUAUGAAGAGAGGUAAGGGGGAACAACUAGGGUUUUAGAACAAUUGGGGGGGUGUUAUGGAUUGUUCAAAACAUGUUCAUGGGACUCUAAGAUGGGUAAUAACGUUAUUGGGUGAUGGGUUAUGUAGUUAGGAGAGCGAUAGAAGAGGAGUACUAAGAAGAUAGAGAGAUGGUUUUGAAGUUGAGAGAGAAAAUGGGAGGAUCAUGCAUAUCAUGAUAAUGCUCCCACUCAGGUUUGUCACGCCUAAAAGCUCAUUUGAGGUUUCUUUUGUGUAGUGGCCAAGUGCCGAUGUGGAGGGGUUGUAAGAGACGGAUUUGAAUUUUCCCUUCCCUUUCUGUUUUGAUUAAAGCUUUCUUUUUCCUCUCUCUCUCUCUUGCACUUUUUCUGCUCUUCCUUUCUUUUGUCAUCAUUUUCCUUUCCAUCGUACCGUGUUUUGUCGUUCGCUCCUACAUUUUUAAUUAACGAAUUUUCCAAUCCUUAAGAAUGGUA